AUGACGGACACGAAGUUAUACACCAAGAGCGGUGUUCAGAUCAAUUGGAAUGUGCUCUGGAACACGUACUAUAAAAAGAUGAGGAUGGCGUUUCAGGAUAUGGAUGAUGACGUCGAGCUCUGA